ACCCCAAGGACUCCCGCCGCCAGGUCCACGUGGACCCUGGGCCGCAGUGGAACUGGAGCCCGCCCCCCGCGCUUGGGGGAGGGGGCGCUGCAGCCGGGUUCCCCUUUUUGUGGAGCUCAAAGCCUGGGGAAGUGAUUGCUUAAAGGUGGGGGCCGGAAGAACCCAGGUUUCCGCGUCUCCCUCCCCCCCCGCCAGCCCGGUGAGGAGGGGCCGGGGCGGGACACCCUGUCCGCCCCCGCCCCCACCCCGCUGGAUCUGGCAGCCACUCAGCCCUUCGAGCUGUAGGGGAGGCGCUGCGCCCCCGGCCCCAGCCGAUCGGGGGCUCCUGGCGCUAGCCUCCCUCCAGAGCGCCGCAGGAGUCCCUCCUGCCGUCUGACUUGAGUCCCUGCUGCUGCAGUGCACGCCCCUUCGGCAGCCAGGGUGGGGCCCAGACCCAACCUGGCCCCUCCUGCCCCCACCCCGCCUUUGGGUCGCUGACCCCCAGGCUGUGGUGAGGGUCUGAGAGCUGGCACCACGGAGCCUGGGCAACCUCCUCCGCCCACCCAUGCCCACCCCGCAUGAGGCUGAGAAGCAGAACACAGGGCCAGAGGAGGCGGACCGGCCCCCUUCAAUGUCCAGUCAUGAUGCAGCCCCUCCCGCAGCCCCCAGCCGUAACCCCUGCUGCCUAUGCUGGUGCUGCUGCUGUAGCUGCUCCUGGAACCAAGAGCGGCGGCGCGCAUGGCAGGCCUCCCGGGAGAGCAAGCUGCAGCCCCUCCCCAGCUGUGAAGUAUGUGCCACGCCAAGUCCUGAGGAGGUGCAGAGCUGGGCCCAGUCUUUUGACAAGCUGAUGCACAGCCCGGCGGGACGCAGCGUGUUCCGGGCGUUUCUGCGGACAGAGUACAGCGAGGAGAACAUGCUCUUCUGGCUGGCCUGUGAGGAGCUGAAGGCCGAGGCCAACCAGCACGUGGUGGACGAGAAGGCGAGGCUCAUCUACGAGGACUACGUGUCCAUCCUGUCCCCCAAGGAGGUGAGCCUGGACUCCCGUGUGCGGGAGGGCAUCAACAAGAAGAUGCAGGAGCCGUCCGCACACACGUUUGACGACGCACAGCUGCAGAUCUACACACUCAUGCACCGGGACUCCUACCCACGCUUUCUCAGCUCUCCCACCUACCGUGCCCUGCUGCUGCAGGGGCCGUCACAGUCCUCCUCCGAGGCCUAGGCCGCCCCCAGCAGCACAGACCCCACCGCCUCCUAUGGCCGACUCUGGGUUGCCUUCAGGUGUUGGCUGUCGGGGCACACGCCUGCGGGCCCAGCCUGGCCGGCUGGGGUCCCCACCCGUGGAGACGGUCCUAGACCCAGUGGGGAGUGCUGUGCCUCCUGGCUCUGCCCACCCGUGGCCAAGCAGGAACUCCAGGUGCAGGGUGGGCCAGAAGCCUUCUCAUCGGCCCGCAGCUGGCUGGCCCAGUGCUCCUGGUGGGGGCUCUUGCAUGGUGAGAGUAGGGGCCCCCCCGGGAGCCAUGCUGGACCCAGGAGCCUCGUUGGGGCCUCCUCCCCAGGCAGCUGACGGGCCCCGGACAAGCCUUGGUGGGGAGCAGAACCUCUGCAUCAUGUAGUUCUAGGACAUAAGGAGACCUCCUACUUGAGCUGUCUGUACCCCAGAAUCAAACCCAGAACCUCAGAACCAGAUGUAGGACCUCGGAAUCCUGCACUCAAGGUGGCAGGACCCAAUUUCUGUUUUAUAUGCUCAUGAACUUUAAACCUGGAAACAUAUCCUUACUAGGUGUUUUAUCAAAAAAAAAGUUUUCAUAUUUAUCUCUAUCCCUAACCCCCCAAAAAUAGGAUGUCUUAUUAUUGAAGAUAUUUUUAAAGCA